GAAAAUCCGGUACCGACACCGUUAAUGUGAUCCACGGAACAAUCGGGUUCAGAUCGACUGAAGCCAUCGACCCAUACACGGUUUCCAAAUUCUCCUCGCUCUGCGGAUUCCGAUCCCUAGCUUCCUUGUCUUCUUCUUUUCAGCUCUUCAUUGACUUAUUGAGAUAUCAAGACAUAAAGGAAAUUUUUUUCAUUUCAGCGAAAAGCGUGCCCGUUUUAGAUCUGUGGAGGUUAGCUACUUGACUGUAAAGCAUAUAUGUAUGAUAAUCUUGGAGCACAGUCUGGAGUUCCUAGACCGCCUACUAUGCAGCAGCCAAAUCCAUUUGGAAAUGCAUUCUAUGGUGCAGGGUCUGGUUUAAUAAGAGGUGGAUUAGGUGCCUAUGGAGAGAAAAUUCUUGGUUCAAGCUCUGAAUACGUACAAAGCAAUAUUAGUAGAUACUUUUCUGAUCCCCAAUACUACUUCCAAGUCAAUGACCAAUAUGUGAGGAACAAAUUGAAAGUUGUACUUUUCCCAUUCCUACAUAGGGGUCAUUGGACAAGGAUCACUGAGCCAGUAGGUGGUAGGCUUUCCUAUAAGCCCCCAAUCUAUGACAUAAAUGCUCCAGAUUUGUAUAUCCCAUUUAUGGCAUUUGGCACGUAUGUUGUUCUUGCUGGUUUAUCAUUGGGUCUCCAGGGAAGGUUUAGCCCUGAAGCCCUAAACUGGCUGUUCAUGAAGGGUUUAGUUGGCUGGUUUUUACAAGUUUCAUUGCUGAAGAUGACACUUUUCUCACUUGGUAGCGGAGAAGCACCUUUCCUGGACAUUGUGGCAUAUGCAGGAUACACUUUUGCGGGUUUGUCCGUGGCUAUCUUGGGGAAGAUUUUAUGGAACUAUUCGUACUACUUUUUGAUGCCCUGGGCUGGUCUAUGCAUGGGGAUAUUCCUGGUGAAAACGAUGAAGAGGGUACUCUUUGCAGAGGUGAGGACUUACGAUUCAAGCAGGCAUCAUUAUCUCCUCCUCUUCAUCGCCCUGUCUCAGUUCCCCCUUCUCUUCUGGCUUGGAAAGAUCAGCAUUAGUUGGUUCUUUUGAAGCACUCCCCCGUACCUUCAUAGCUAUAGAACCUCGAGUUCAACAGAAUGUCAAUUUUCUGGGACAUUUUUUUUUUUUUUCCUGUAAUAUCUUUUGGUGCUUUUCUGAAUACUUGACAGAUUUCUCAUCUAAUGUAUCUUUUGUCCAGCAAAAAUGUACAAUACUCUUGGUAGUG